AUGCGACGUCGCCCGUCCAAGAAGGCUCAUGUUCCUCGGCGCAAUCGCGCGCGCCAUGCUGUCGUGAUGGUGCUGGGUGAUGUGGGUCGCAGUCCGCGCAUGCAAUACCACGCACUAUCGCUGGCCCGCAUGUCCCCAAGCCAGCGUGUGACCCUCUUGGGCUACGCGGGUGAGAACUGCGUGCCCGAUGUAGCUCGUCAGAGCAACAUCGAGCUACUGACCUUCACUCCACACUUGCAACGCCUUCCGCGCAAACUGUUCCUCUUGCUGGCGCCCGUGAAGGUCUUGCUUCAACUGCUACAGCUGCUCUGGCUGCUGCUCGUCUCGGCCGGCAGCAUUGACCUCGUUCUGCUGCAGAAUCCGCCGACAAUCCCGACGUUCGUGGUGGUGUGGCUCUGCUGCCGACUAAAAGGCGCCAAGUUCGUGAUCGACUGGCAUAAUCUGGGCUACAGUUUACUGGCGUUAUCUCUUAGCAAUGGACAUCCAUUGGUCAAGAUUGCCAAGUGGAUCGAGCGCGUGUUCGGUCGCAAGGCUGAUGCGAAUUUGUGUGUCACGCGAGUGAUGCAGACAUGGCUGAGAGACACGUGGCAGAUUGAAGCUACCGUGUUGCAUGACAAGCCGCCGCUCUUCUUUAAACCCACUCCGCUCGACACGCAGCAUGAACUGUUUUCUCGUGUUGGCGAUCAACUGGAGCAUUGCAACGACUUGGUGACAUGGGGCGAAAACUCGGUUAAUCUUGAAGAAACUCUCCUUACACGGAAAACUCGUGGACUUAAUGGGAAGAAGGGCAAGUCCAUCAUUCAACCUCGUGAAAACAGACCAGCUAUGAUCAUUAGCUCUACGAGCUGGACUGCAGACGAAGACUUUGGUAUUCUCUUGACAGCACUGGAGCUUUUGGAUAAGCGCACGUCGUCACUCAGCGUAUCAGAGUUUCCGAACUUGCUCGUAGUGGUAACGGGCAAGGGGCCUCAGAAGGAAAUGUAUCUCGAAAAGAUCCGACAGCUCGCCUUCAAGCGCAUUCGGAUUGCCACAAUGUGGCUCGAGGCAAGCGACUACCCUUUAGUCUUGGGAAGCGCCGACCUGGGUGUGUGCUUACACACGUCCUCCUCCGGUCUGGAUCUGCCCAUGAAGGUUCUCGACAUGUUUGGCUGUGGACUCCCAGUGUGUGCCAUCGGAUUCAAGUGUCUGGACGAGCUCGUCAAACAUGACAAGAAUGGAUUGGUGUUCGACUCUUCGGAGCAGCUAUCAACCCAGCUCUACGAUCUCCUCAGGGGCUACCCGACGGACACUUCACAACUGAACCGUCUGAGAGCAUCCCUAAAGACGGUGGAGCAUUGGCCGGAGAACUGGAACCGCGUGGCUGCGCCAGUCUUCAAGAAGCAGCUUCGACUUCGUUAG